AUGAGAAAUUACAAAAGGAAGACCGCACGAGGUUCCACGUCUCAAGAAGUAUUUGAGCUGGCAGCCGAAGAAAUUAUAACAAAUAAUAGAAAAUUUAGAGAUGUUGCUGCGGAGUAUGACAUCUGUCAUGUAACACUGUACAAAUACGUAAAGAAAAAAAAGGAGGGGAUUACUGUUGAUGUGGGUUAUAAAAAAAAUCGUCUCGUUUUCAAUCUUGACCAAGAAAAAAUGAUAGCAGAUUAUUUAGUGAAAUGUUCUAAUAUCUAUUUUGGAUUGCUACCAGAUGAUGUCAAAAAAUUAGCUUAUGAGCUAGCCAUUGCAUACAAAAUAGAUAAUAUUCCAGAAUCUUGGAAAAGAGACGGAAAGGCUGGCAAAGAUUGGUACGCUGGUUUUAUGAAACGCAACGCAUCCUUGUCUAUUCGGAGUCCUGAGGCGACAAGCUUAAGCAGAGCAACAUCAUUUAACCGUACAAAUGUUCAUUCAUUUUUUGAAAAAUAUCGAGAAGUUCUUCAACGAUACAAUAUAUCUCCGAGUAGAAUCUGGAACGUAGAUGAGACGGGAGUGACGACGGUGCAGAAACCCAAGAAAGUGGUAGCUCAACGAGGUUCCAAGCAGGUAGGAGCUGUUACGUCUGCGGAACGGGGUACUCUCGUCACAAUUGCGGCAGCGGCAAAUGCUAUUGGUAAUUUCAUACCAUGUAUGAACAAACCAAUAUUUCCACGGAUCAGAUACAGUGAUUUAUUCAUCCAAAAUGGACCACCCGGGUGUGUUGGUCUAGGAAAUAGUUCCGGGUGGAUGUCAGAAAAAGAAUUUUCGAAAUUUAUUGACCACUUUUUGAAACAUGUUAAAACAUCAGAGCAGGAACCAGUUUUAUUGUUUUUGGAUAACCAUCAUUCUCAUGUCAAUGUGGAAGUCGUCACGAAGGCAAAGAACAACCAUAUCAUUCUUUUGUCUUUCCCACUACAUUGUUCUCACAAUCUCCAACCACUGGAUGUCGGUGUGUAUGGACCGUUUAAGAAUUAUAUUAGCCGGCAGCAAACGAACUGGAUGGUUAAUCAUCCUGGGAAGACAAUGACCAUCUACGAUCUCCCUGGCAUUGUGAAAGAAGCAUUUCCUCUGGCAUUCACUCAAAACAAUAUCAUCAACUCGUUUAAAAAAGCUGGCAUUUGGCCGUGCAAUGAAGAUGUAUUUCAAGACUGUGACUUUGCACCAUCAUUUGUAACUGAUCGUCCCGAUCCAAAUACUGCUUCGAUGGGAAACCAGGGAUCACUUCAGCCAGGAGAUAGUUCUGUCAAUCCAGAAGAAGUAUCACUUAAUCUAGAAUCUUCAAUUCAAAAUGAAAUUUUAGAUAACAUGCCUGACAUUCACAUAAGUAUUUCAGAGGUAAUUGAUCAGCUAUCGCAUGUUCCUUCUAAUGAGCCGGGACCAUCAGAUAAGCAUCGACUAUCGAGUGAACCAGGACCUUCAAAUAUAUCAGCAUCGCCAAAUAAACCAGGACCGUCAAAUGAUCCAGGACCAUCAAAGAAUCCUACAGAAAAAUUUAAUAUAGAAACAGUAAGACCCCUUCCAAAAGCUCCUCCACGAGUCGAAUCUAAACGAAAGCGUUCAAAGAAAUCCACUAUUCUCACUGAUACUCCCGAAAAAUUGGCCUUAGAGGAAGAAGAAAAAUUAAAAUCAUCUAAAAAGAGAAAAACUAGUCAGACUGAAAUUAAAAAUAAGGGUAAAGGGAAAGGUAAAGGUAAAGGUAAAUCAACCCGGCGAGUAGAAGUAGAAAAGGUGAAGAACCAUAUUCUUCAGGAUGACAGUGAAGAAGAUACCUGCUGCUGUUUAGUUUGCGCUGAGUCUUAUAAUGACGAUGCAUCUGGACUUGACUGA